AUGCCCUACUUCUCCAACUCACAAGAAUUCCUCAAGCAAUCCUCCCUCCUCCUCCAAGCAUAUCCGCACACCACCCGGAUAACAACAAAAUACUCCUACCCAAAACCCCCCCGCAAAUCGAAACCCACCACCGACACCACCAGCUCCUCAACACCCGCACCACCACCAACCUCUUCACAGUCCACCUCCACCCCAGCAACCCUCACUUUAAAGACAUACAAUCCUCAUACCGGCAUCUGCCUGAAAUACCGCACCACCAAAGCCGCCGAAGUCAGCCGUCUCAUCGCGGGACUCGGUCGACUCGCAUCGGGCGCACCCAUAACUGACGCCCCCACCGUCGCCACGCCUGCGCUGACAGAAACACCCACCCAAGCGCAAUCACAUACGGUAACAAGUGUAUCAGGCAGGGAUGCGGACAUGCUUGAUGUUGCUGACGUGACUGGAGUUGGGAGUGAUGCGCAGGGCAACGCUAAGGGGAAUGGGGGUGGAGGCGGCAAGAAAAAGAAGAGCGGGAAGGGGAAGAGAUAG